AUGAACACCGCUCGUGUCGCCCGUCUUGGCCUGCGUGCCACUCAGCAGUUCUCCGUCCCUCGCACUGCCGCUCUCAACGGUUUGAGGACUUAUGCUACCCCGGCUCAGAACGUCAAGCCCCCCGUGGCUCUCUUCGGCGUUGAUGGAACCUAUGCUACUGCUCUGUACACUGCCUCUGCCAAGUCCUCCGCUCUCGACCAGACCUCCAAGGCUCUCUCCAGCCUCGGUCAGACCUUCAAGGCCGACCGCAAGCUGACCAACAUCAUCGCUGCCCCCACCCUCACUGCCAGCGACAAGCAGCAGAUCAUCCAGGAGCUCCAGAAGAUCGCCGGUAACGACAAGGGCGACAUCAUCAAGAACUUCCUGCAGACUCUGGCUGAGAACAACCGUCUCGGUCUCCUUGAGAGCAUCUGCGAGAAGUUCGAGACCCUCAUGGGUGCUCACCGUGGUGAGAUGGAGGUUACCAUCACCAGUGCCCAGGAACUCGACAACAAGACCAUCAACCGCCUUGAGAAGGCUGUUUCCAAGCACGAGCUCAGCCAGGGCAAGAAGCUCAAGAUCGUUACUAAGGUCAACUCCGACAUCGUCGGCGGCCUCGUCCUGGAGAUCGGUGACCGCACCAUCGACCUCAGCGUCUCGUCCAAGAUCGCCAAGCUCAACAAGGCCCUUACCGAUGCUCUGUAG